UUAACGUGAUAGGUGAAAGAAAAAUAGAAAAGAAUGAAUUUAAAAAUGUUGUAUAACUCAAUUCUAUUUCGUGCAUUUUUUCCUCCGAACGUCCUUCUAUUUCGCGUUUUCAAGAAAUGACCCGUGAGGAUUAGAAAUUAGACACGUCAGAGCGGGCUAACUACUGGAUAAAGACCUCUUGUACAACUUAUUAUGUUUAACAUCGCAGUGUCCAUUUUUAUCAUAGGACUUUUUCACUUGAACCGUGUAGUUUUUGCUGAGUUGCCUCGGGAUGGAAUCACAAAACUGUACAAGGAGCGGAAUAUUAUACCAGAUAUAUUCAAGGACAAAGCACCGAAGGAUAUUGUAAAGUGCAGGUACCGAGAUGCGAGAGAGGUUGAUUUCAGAACAAAUCUGACGCUGUUACAAACUAUAAAGAAGCCUGACCAUUGUGAAUGGCCAAUUGAGGAGGGUGCCUAUUAUGUGCUGAUGCUACUCGGUCUCGAUUCUCCGACGCACAAAUACUGCUAUGAGCGAGAAUACAAUCAUUGGCUGGUCGGGAACAUACCCGGGUCAAAUUUCGAGGAGGGUGAAACAAUAGCAGAAUAUCAAGGAGGCCAAAUUGCGUAUGAACCAGGUGAACACAGAGUAGUUUUUGUGGUCUACAAGCAACCAAGAAAAAUCGAGUUCAAUGCGUCUCAUGUAGAAGAAAAGUCUGCAUACUGGGAUCGAGUUCUAUUCACUCAUGAAGGUUUUUCGAGAGAGUACAAAUUAGGGGAUCCUCGAGCCUCUAAUUUUUUUACCAUGAAGUUUCAAAAUGAGCAAGAUUAUUAAAGAUAAUUGAAGAUGUAAUGUUAA